AUGUCGAAUCUUUUGGGACACCCGGUAGUCGAGCUCCAUCGGCGUAUAUGUCAAGUGGAAUCGAUCACAGGCAACGAGCGACCUGUGGCGGAAGUGAUUGUGUCGUAUUUGGAACAAAAGGGGUUCACGGUUGAGAGACAGAUUGUCCCGUCUUAUUAUCCAGAAGAGCGGUUUAACAUCCUCGCCUAUCUUGGGGCGGAACGAGAUACCAAGGUCUGUCUUUCUAGUCAUAUUGAUGUGGUGCCACCAUACUGGCCUUACGAGCUUGUUAACAACGACACGGAAAUUCGGGGUAGGGGCGUGGUGGAUGCCAAGGCGUGCGUUGCUGGCCAGAUUAUUGCCGCGGAAGAGCUGCUAGCCGCGUCACUGAUUAAACCUGGGGAUCUCUCGUUGUUGUUUGUUGUUGGAGAAGAAACCGAAGGCGAUGGCAUGAUUCAUGCGAAUCAGCUGGGGUUGAGUUGGGAUGCAGUGAUCUUUGGAGAGCCGACGGAGGGAACCUUGCCACAGGGCCAUAAGGGAGUGCUUAAUAUGCGUCUGACAGCUACGGGGAAAGCGGCGCAUUCGGGAUAUCCGCAACUAGGGGAGUCGGCGAUCGAUAAGUUACUCGUUGGGCUACAGGAGCUGCGCCAGUUGCGGCUUCCUUCGAGUGAGCGGUUUGGACAGACGACGAUGAAUAUCGGUUGCAUUCGGGGUGGUGUCGCGCCGAACGUCAUUCCUUUCUCGGCUGAGGCGGAGAUUAUGCUCCGGGUCGCUGGGUGCACGAUUACGGAGCUGAAGGCGAUGAUCGAGAGGGCUUUGGAUCGGGUUGGGAAUUCUUGUACGAUCACGUAUGGACCGGAUGCUUGUGAGCCUGUUCAGAUCGAGAGUGAUGUGCCUGGCUUUGAUACCAUGGUGGUCAGCUAUGGGACUGAUAUUCCCAAUCUGAAGGGGAAUCAUAAGGACUACCUCUAUGGGCCAGGCUCUAUUCAUGUUGCUCAUACGGAGGAAGAAGUGUUGAAGGUGUCUGACCUGGUGGCGGCUGUCGACGCUUAUCGAACACUGGCACUGCACGCGUUGAAGAAAUAA